GUCCCGCAUGACCGUCUUAAUUGCCGAAAAUACGGUAAAUGGAGCGCUAUUGCAGCGUCAUCCGCGGGAGCGCGGUUAUACCGCAGCGACCUCGCGAGGACGACACGCGUCUCUGUCAGUCAAAACAUCAUCUGUUCAUCUUUCAAACGCGGAGAAUCGUUCGCCAUACAGUCCCGCCAAUAUCGAAAAUCGAUCGGGACGCGAUGUCGACCCUGCUAAUCGGGCGCGUCGGCGCGAUAUCGAUUCGACUCAUCGAUAUCUGAAUGACUGAGAAGGCCAUUCGCGAGGUAACAAUGGCGGCCGUGUCGAUAUCUGGCCGUAUCUGCUGGCCGUUGAAGACGAGAUGACCGGUCGCUCUUAUCGCAGGUGACGCUCGGUACGGCAUGAUAACGCUUCCUCUGCGGGUCUUUCUAGCCGCGGGGUGGCGAAGACGAGCGACUGGGAUUCGUGCGGUGUCGUGCGGGCUCUCGCGUCAUGCGCCUUUCGUCGAGUCCGAGUCUCGCGCGACUCGACGCGUCGUGGAGUGCGCGCGCAGCAGUGGACGGGCGUGCGUAGUCGGCCGCCGCGGUUACGUCGAGGGUGGCUCGCGGGGGUUGCGUCGCGCACCUCCGGCUCCACCGGGCGGAAAGGUGGGCAUCGCGCAGGGUGUCGAGUGUGUGUGCAGUGUUGCCUACCGCGCAGGGAGCACAACACUCGCCGUCUCUCUGACCUCCCCCAUUUUUACUGAUGUUUCGUUUGGGAUUUGUGUGUGUUCCUUUAUGAAAACUCGUUAUUGCGGCCGCGCCGGACGAUCAUCUCGCAAAUACACACUUAUGCUCAGACCCGUCUCGCAGCAGCUGUCCGAUAAUGUCUCUCGUCGUCGCGCUCGUUACGUGACCCGCGAAACGCGCGUUACGGGAGUCUACGCGGGCACAACAGGCACAACCAGCGGACGGUCUUCGUGACACCGUGGCGGCCGGAUCGGGGUGACCGAUGAUGGAUCGUAGCGCGAAACUGUAGCCCCCACGCGCUCUGUAGCGCGAUCGUGAUCAUCGUUCCGCUCCGUAAUAUAAUAAUAAAUCGUAAUAAGAGAACCCGUGGCACGAAUAUUGCCGGCGCUACUGCGAAUUCGUAUUCACAUAUCUAGCUUCAUAUCGACCAUUCCUCUCCUAGCACGUAGUUUCCUCUCGCGCGCGAAGGCGUAUCGCUCUAAAUAAUAAGCCAGCGCGUAUACCGACACAACGUGUAACCACAAACGCUGCGUUUUAAUCGUCGCGCGCACGUUCACGCGGACUACUUGUGCCCGACUCUACACGGAAGCUGUGAAAAAAAAGUUUAUGCUCUUCAAAAGUGGUGCCUAAGCUCGUGAUUUCAUAACGCGGAGGGAGAUACAAAAAUUAUAUAUAUAUUAGUGCCUACACGUCUCGUACACACGUGCAAUAAGGGAAAGAGAGUGAAAGAAAGAGAGAAAGAGAGAGAUAGAAAGAGAAAAGGAAAGAAAACACAUAAAUGCAGAUCUGACUCGCUUAGAUCGAUCUCUACUAUUAGUCUGUACAUACACACGUUUUGGGAUACGAUUGCGAUGCUCGUUUACUACGCACCAAUCACGCCAAAGUAUCAAAGCAAAGAGAAAGCGCACAGAGCGAGCGAAGGAACGGAGGAGACUACGCGGUAAGACACGAUAGAAUUGCCAAAGUUCAGUAAUACGUUUCAACGGGUAUGGUUGCCGCAUUAAGAGUCAAGUACGUAUGUACUCGUUGUUGAGUUCGUACGUGGUAUCCAUACCGUGAUAUCGGCCUGUUUCGCGUCCCCUCGAAGUGUUCCGAUAGACUGAAACGUUUUACCGACGUUAGUAAUGUCGCGAUUAAUGCUGUGUAAUCUUGGCAAUACCUCGACAGCGGGAAAUGAUACGAACAACAACGCAAAUACAAACAGCAGUAUGGAGGACGACGAUUCUUAUCCACUGCCUACAAUUUAUCGCUGCCGUGCACCCAUAGCAAGUCUGGAUUGCAUGGAAGAGUUCAACGGCGGCGGAGGCGGCGGCGGCGGCGGCGGUGGCGGCGGCGGUGCAGACUCGGGCGUGCACUGCAGCAACACGACCGGAACAAAAGAGCAGCUACUAACUAGCUGCAUUGCCGCACAAGCGCAACGUUUGCAGCAUCCCUCGCCAGGUAUUCGCUACCGCAACUUGGGCAAAAGCGGUCUACGUGUUUCCAAUGUUGGAUUAGGAACAUGGACCACCUUCGGCGUGGGCGGCUGCGGCAGCGAGGAGACCGCGGAGGCCGUCGUGGCGCUCGCCUACGACAGCGGGAUUAAUGUAUUUGACUUGAGCGAGGCCCACAGCGGACACCGCGCGGAAAUCCAGUUCGGUCGGAUUUUGCUGAGGCGCGCCUGGAAUCGCUCCAGUUACGUAGUCACGACGAAAAUUUACUGGAACACCAAGACCGAGGGUCGCGGGCUAUCGCGGAAACACAUUAUCGAGUCCGUGCAAGCUUCGCUCGUCAGGCUGCAACUGUCGUACAUCGACAUUGUCAUGAUCCACAAAGUCGAUCCAAUGUGUCCGAUGGAAGAGAUAGUUCGUGCUAUGAAUUAUGUCAUAAGCAAAGGCUGGGUGAUGUACUGGGGUACAUCGCGAUGGACGCCCGUGGAGAUCAUGGAAGCCUAUACGAACUGUCGGCAAUUCAAUUGCGUGACACCGAUCGUCGAGCAAGCGGAGUAUCAUCUGUUUUACAGGGAGAAACCUGAACUCUAUAUGCCCGAAUUGUAUAACAAAAUCGGCGUUGGCUUGAUGGCAUGGUCCACUGUCACUAUUGGAAUGGUAUCCUCAAAGCCGGAAGACUGCGGCGUAUCGUUUCUCUCGAGAUCCUCUUAUAAAAACAAAUAUUCUUCGUUCAGUUGGACAGAGGAUGAAACUCAAUCUUUGUACAAGGAGGAAUACGCGUGGAAGGACAAGUCCGCCGACGAAGAGACUCGGAAAUACUCGGAUAAAUUGCGGGACGUGUGUGCUCUGGCCGAAAGAUUGGGAUGUUCUUUCGGACAACUGGCCAUCGCGUGGUCUUUAAAGAAUGAAAGUGUUCAGUGCCUUCUGCUCGGUGCGUCCAAUAUAGAUCAAUUGUAUGAGAGUCUCCAGAGUUUGCAGCUUAUUCCAAAAUUGAACGCGAAUAUAAUGAGCGAGAUUGAGAGGAUCCUUGACAACAAACCGUCCCGACCGCCGAUGGUGUCCACCCUGGCGCUUAGAUGACAAUCGAUGUGCCCCCACGGCAGUGGUGGGGGCUCGCUGGAGGAGGCUGGCAGUCCGAAGAGCGAAGGCGGCAACAGUCAGGAUCAGGAGCAGAGCAAGGAAGUGAACAAUAAGAUGCCGUUCUGCGAGAUACAAUGAAGAGCGCGACGACGGUCCAUCGUUCGCCCCGGUAUUGUCGAGCCCGAGGACCGACGCGCGGACUUGUCCGCGUCCUCGCCCCCGUUUGGUCGCGGCGUACGUCGAGUGUACAUGUUGCACAUCCGAGUCGAUGACAAUAUUUACUACAAUUACGAGUACAUCGGGCAACCUGUCCGCGACGUGUCCGAUGGCGAGGCACAGCCGCGGGUGACUCCUCGGGCGCGCGAUUCCUUAACCCUUUCGCACGUCACGUCGCGUCGCGUAACAUCACGCGUGGACACUCGUAGAUGUAGGGAAGUAAAAGGCGAUUUCGCACGAGUCUCUCUAUCUCUUUCUUUCUUUCUUUCUUUCUCUCUGUCUCUUUCUCUCUCUCUUUCUCUCUUUAUCUCUCUGUCUUGCUCUCUUUUUCUCUCUCUCUCGUUCAACGGAAUCGCAUGUUGCGCUUGCACACACACACACACACACACAAAUAAACAAACACGGAAACACGUGACUGCUCCAAAAGCGAACCUUUCGUAAAAUCUCUCGGCUACAGGCACAUUUGUCGUCGAGGUUUUCAUUCGCGGUUCUAAGGUGUUCAUUAUUCUUAACGUUAAUAAUCCCGUUUGCUACAUGCACACACAUACACGUACACAUAAGAAGUCACACCCGUAGUGCAAGGAAUUUGGAUUAUCUCGAGUGUCCACCGAAAAUACCAAGACACACUCGUUCUGCCACUUUGGUGAAGUAAAGAAGCGAUUUGCGGAUAAUCAACUCGAACAAUUAUAGCACGUCGAUUAUUACUUAAAAAGUUACGUCAUAGGUCGUAGGAUUUGUCGAAAAUGAUGAUAUUUAUCAGCAGAAUUGCGUUUUGAGUACUCCACCCGGUGUUCUCACGCCUAACGCGAUGUACCACUUCAUUAACUUCAACCUCCGGAUUUUACAUAUUCUAUACUUCUUUCGCUGCCGCUUAGUUCUACGCUCUCGUAUUUUUCCCCGUUAAUCUCUCUCCGCUCGGAAUCUCCGCUUCUAGGUAUCGUUUCUAUUCAGUUCGCUUUUAGAUAUUUAGUUUGUUCGAGGAUUUUGAGGAGAAUCGCGUUGCAUUAGGAGACGCGCGACACACAGCGUGCAAAUUUUUAAUAGAUUUUUAACAGAGACACAUCGUGUCGGGAAUUUCUCGCUUUUGAAUACGAGGAAGAAACAUAUUCUGUAUUUCUUUCGAGGAUACAGCGAACCGGCGGGUGAAUGCGAUUGAGAAUCGCUUUUCAAAGAAGACACGGCGAUGUCGAGUCCGUGGAACAAAUUAAAACAAGAGAAAAAUGAAUCGGUGAACUGGCGAACCUUUGUUCAUUCAAAAUCCGAUUCACCUUCUUGCCUCAUUCAUCCGUCGCGUUAAUUUUCUUAGAUGCUGUCACUUCCUUAGAGAUUACACGUUACAUUCGAGUUAUAUUUUCACACGGAUGUUCUCCGUAAUACAUACGUUGCCGUGCAUCAAGUAUCUCCGUUCGCAAGCUCAGUCGAACUCAUAAGAACUGUACUCUCUAAAGUAUAUUCUUCAUUGAAACGCUAUACUUAUAACUGGUAGUCCAAUUAUGAGUAUGGCAUUGGUAAAAUCUCGUAGAAAGGAUCAGUUAAUAGUUUAGUUAAAAGAGUGUUACCAUUAUCGAUGCAUUUGCCAACUCAAAUAAUGUCAUUGCACGCAAAUCGCAUGGAAACGAUUUAAUUCCAUCGCCAUAAACGCGAAAAGGUGGACUUGAUGCGUUGACUUAAUGAAUUUUGCAAUGAAAUCUUACUUCUACUUGUCCAAAUCAGUAAGAUAUAAGAUAGAGCGAUAAAGUCGGAGUGUAUCCACUGAAAAUCAGUGAACACACACAAAUUAUCGAUGAAAUACUUCUUUUAUCAACUCAAUGAGAAACAUUUUUACCGAUUCACUUUAAGAGAGUAAGUUCUUAAGCACGGAUACGCGAUAGAAUCACACACGUGGCAAAAGGAAAGAAAUCUCUGGUCAGCCGGACAUUAUCGUACAAGAGAUCUUUACUCUAAUAGAUGAUCGUUUUUUUUAAACCAUUGUUUGUUUAUCGUUCACGACAGCUUUGUUGGCUUUACCGUACAGUAAUAUAGCGUCCUGAAGAGAAAUCGUUUGUCUUGAGAGCGACGCGAGGUUUGCAGUGAAUAACUUAGAGUCACAUUUACGCACGUGUUCAUAUUUACGUUCGAUUUAUUUUACGGUUUCAUUAAGGAGAAAAAGAGCUCGAAGGAGAAAAGGAAAACAGAAAAGAAAAAAGACGGAAAUCGUCGACAGACGCGUAUCGCGCCUUCGCUCACUAAGCGCCGCUUUACCGAUCAUUUGAAACAUUGCUCAAGUACGGUAGCCCGUGAGAGAAUCUCUCGCGCAUGUAAACAUGACGAACUCAUGCAUAGGAUGUACAUAAGUAUCGGAGAAAGAAACGAUGGCGUCCUUUUUCUUGGCAACGUAGUUCACACAGACGACUUUUCCUUACUGCUAGUGUUAGGAACGAAACUCCACGUGGCGUGUGCGAGAAGUAGCUUGUAAACAAAAAACAAAAAAAAGAAGACGUAGUUUCGUUUGUAUCGAUAAUCGCGCUAUUUGCCACAGCUAUAUUCUACCCUCGGAUAUUUUUGCCGAAUAUGCGACGCGCGUUACUUUAUACACACGUGACGACAUCCUGUGCGUAACGUCACGCAGGUGCGCUCAUUUUUACGUGCGUGCGGAGAUCUUUCCCUCUCUGUAUUGGUAUCAUCGCAUUCCAUGCUCGAUCUUGUCAGUCCGAUUAUCGAAGAUAAACGCGAGUUUCUCGCGGGAAUACGGCGAUGCCGCGUGUCUACUCGGGAAUCAAAUAAAGAAGAAAAAAGAGAGAGAAUAAUGGAGAGUGGAUAAUGGAAGCUGCCAGUACGCUUUUAUCGCGCAUACGGUUUUCUUCGAGCCAGACCUUCGACGCGUCCGUCGAAGCGAUAUAUAUAUAUAUACAUACAUACAUACAUACAUACAUAACAUAUGUAGGUACAGCGACGUAGGUCCACUGUAAAUAUUUGGAAAUGAUAACGUUAUAGGGGAGUCAGUCGCGUUACGCGUAUAAAACCAAUUGUCGCGCACACAGUAAAUAAAUCGUGCGGACAUAGAAUUCGCGCGGGAUUAAUGCUUACGAAUCGACACAUAGCAAUCUCUGGGAGAACGUCGAGCGAUAAUCACCAACGCGGUUCGACAUCACCCAUUGUUUUUUACAUUUUCGAGUAUUUACGAGUUGCGCAAUAAACAAGUCGCUCCAACGGCGGCACAUAGGAAUUGCUCUUAUUGUCGACGACUGCGUCGUCCGUUGCCUACAAUCGAUCGAAUCGUCGGUGGUGGAUUUUAUUAGGAGUAAACGAAAUCUCUAUACGGCAUCGGUACCUGAAGAGCGUGCCUGUGUGUGUAAGCGCGUGCCUGAAACUCAGCUCGUGUGUAGAUUCAGUGGGGCGAAAGAAACGAGGAAGAAAAAGGACAGCGAGAGACCGACGGUAAAAUUGUGGGGCGUUAAAUAAAAGCAGAUCUCUUCUCUCGAUGGUCUCUUGAUCGCGAGCGCAAUCUCAACUCUGAUAUCGCUCACUCGUCAUACGAUCGGUAUCACUUGGUAACUUCAGUAAGUUAAAGUGACGAAAUGCAAAGUCGCGCAGAGAUAAGAGAACAAGAUCGGAGAAUACAAUCAAUCCCGCAAUGAAUCUAAAAUUCAAUUGGACCACACGUUCCCGCACUUUCCAUGUUGCUGCCCCGACAGUUACAUUCGUUUGCGUGUAUUUAAAUUAUAGCUUGUGCCGUGACAAGACGUCAAACAGUUUCGAACAGACGUGAUCGUGCAGGCCGCGUGACAAUCCAGAUAAGACACGGGCCGCAAUCAUUGAAGUCAAGACGACCUCGUCAAGACUGACUCCAACCACUUGCUUUCUCCGGCAAACUUUCAAUUGGCGCUUCUUCCCAUCAUUUCGCUCGCGUUCAACUAAGAUAAGUGGUUCUCGUUGAAUUGGAUCAGUCUUUAUUUGUUCCUCAGUUUUUACAUUUUACCCACGACAAACGUUAAUCAUCAUCCUGUUGAGCGAUAUAAAAGAUAAAAAUAUACCUUGGCGCGUAAUAAAGAUUACAUUGCUCUUCGGGGCACGUCGAUGCUCACAUCGUAUUUAUAACUUUCUGUGAUGUAAUUUAUUUAAAAAAAAAACGUCCAAGGGAAGAUAUAUACGCAACACAUUACCGCGGCCUAUUGCACACCCUCCACCGCCUACUUACUUACUUACUUACUUACUUACUUACUUACUUACUUACUUGCUUGCUUGCUUACUUGCUUACUUGCUUACUUACUUACUUAUCGCCUGUUUACUCUCUCGUAAAUAGGUAUACAUAGAUCUCGCUGACCGCGUCGCAUAGGCAAGUCUACCGUAUCCUUAAUGUGAUAGGAAGGGAGUACGGCAACGUAACAGCGCCAAUAGAAAAGCAAUAUCCGAGAAUCGACAAGAAUAAAGGAAAAACGAAAAAAAUAUUUCUGACACGCAGAGUCCUUCUAAUCGUACCGAGUCAAACUAAAAUUCGAAGUCGUCAUGAUAUUCUAUUGCCCGAUCGUUUCCGCGUUUUCGGAGCACGAGCCAGGUGAUUCACGCGCAGGCGAUAGGAGCGGGCCCGUUUGCCCGUCGAAAAACACGAGAGCGUCCUCGAUGCCAAGGAGCAAUAUCCCGAUGGUCAUUGGGAAUAUCCGUACGGUCACUGGCGACAUCCUGAAUGACUAAGGGGACCAAUGUGUGUGUUGCGAUGGACAUCUCAUUAUUAUCGCUGAGUAUAUCCUCAAUGACCGUGAGGAGACCAUCGCCGCGACGAUAAUAUCGUUAUAUCGCUACUCACGAUUUAGCACAUUCGCGACUACGGUGAUCUCUUUCUUUCUUUCUCUCUCUCCCUCUUUCUCUCUUUAUAAGAGCACCGAAACGAGCAAAACGAACAAAUUGAUGCGCGUAUAAUUGUUACUGCAAAGCGUAACACACGCAUGUAAAAAGAAAAAGAAGAACGAAAGAAGAAGCGCGUAACGUAAUGUAUGAAACAAGUCUUCGAAAGCGUAGCUGAACUUCACGGCGAACUCUCUUCGCGAAUAUCUAAAGAGCAAAUAAGCUGAGAGCAGAUAAACUGGUUCGCACAACAGUUCGACGUAAAUUGGUCGCUUCGUGCUCGCAAAACGCGGGAAGAGUCGACAUCAAAUGAGAAAUGUCAUGCCGUCCGCUUGUAAAUAUAAAAGUGGCCGGUCGAGGCCGAUUUAUACUAUAGUACAUUAAGAGUUUUGGGAUGGGCAAUCUUUAUACGAUAUCGGGAUCCAUGUUUCGUUUGCAGCGAAACGGCACACCUCUUCCCUCCGAAACUACUUACAUACUUCGCCACAAAAGUCACGCGUUUCUUUAUAAUACUACUAUAUAUGCGAAUUAAAUUAUAUAUACAAAUGUAUGUGUGUAUAUAUAUAUAUAUAUAUAUAUAUAUAUAUAUAUAUAUAUAUUUAUAUAUUAUGUAUGUAUAUAUACACACAUUAUACGCUUUUUUCGAGCGCGAUCGAACAUUGCACGAAGGAAGGUGCGGAUGAUCGCGAUUGAUUCGCCCAUCCCAAUAAUAGACACUUCAAGAACACUUUUGCGUCUUCACGAUUUACGGCAUUAUAACAUCUAGUGUAUAAAUUAUAUAAUAAUUUUUAUAAUAAAAACUAUAAAUUCGCAUCUGUGUGUGUGUGUGUGCGUGUGUGUAUGUGUGUGCGUGCGUGCGUGCGUGCGUGCGUGCGUGCGUGCGUGCAUGUGUAAGUGUGAGGAGUGUUAGUCCUCUAAGCCGGAAGUUCAAUCCUUAAUCCGAAAGAUAUCUCGCAGGGAUAUUCCGUCAAAUCUCGAACGUGCUUACUGAAGACAUUUCUUAAUUCACAAUUAUGGUCCUUCGAUUUUUGUAGGGCUCAGCAUAAAUUUUCUGUACAGUGUCAAACGAAAACGCAAGACGGAUGAUACAGUAAGAACGUUCUUAACAUAAUAAAUAGUUUUUAAUGAAAGUUACAUUUUUGUUCUCUGA